GGUUUGCAGCUGUCAUCAGCAUUUCUUUUGUGUUGUUCAAAAAUGGCGAGUCGUGCACAAAAUCGUCGCCCAGCGCAAGAAGUCGAUAAUACCAUCUCGUACGUCCAGUGCGAUGGCCUGGCGGCGAUGAAGAUGGUCAAGCAUUGCCACGAGGAAUCGUCGGGCAACAUGGAGGUGGCACAGGGUGCUUUGCUCGGGUUAGUCGUGGAUGAUCGCUUGGAGAUAACCAACUGCUUUCCGUUUCCGAAAUCGUCGGAUGAAACAAUCGACGAGGAGGAGUACCAGUUGAACAUGAUGCGCCGGCUGCGUUUGGUUAAUGUUGAUCAUUUUCACGUCGGAUGGUACCAGAGUGCCGACGUGGGUAAUUUUCUAUCACUUCCACUGCUGGAGUCGCAGUAUCAUUAUCAAACCAGUAUCGAAGAGUCGGUUGUGGUCAUCUAUGAUACACAAAAGUCCAAGAGAGGCUUCCUAACGCUGAAAGCGUACCGUUUGACUCCGCAGGCAAUUGCUAUGUACAAAGAAGGCGAAUUUACUCCGGAAGCUCUGCGCAAUCUAAAGGUAGGCUACGAGAAUUUAUUCUUGGAAGUGCCUAUUGUGAUUAAAAAUUCGGCUUUGUGUAACAUCAUGAUGUCCGAGUUAGCUGAAAUGGUUCCGGAGGAGGAGGGAACACAUUUCCUGGAUUUGGGAACUGCUUCCGUGUUGGAGAAUCAUUUGCGCUGUUUGAUGGAUCGUGUCGAUGAGUUGAACCAGGAAGCGAACAAGUUUAACAAGUAUCAACAGGCUGUUAUUAGACAGGAACAGGAUAAGCACCGUGUAUUGGCUAGACACGCCCAAGAAAAUGCUGCUCGUAUUACAAAGGGCGAAGUUGCCAUUCCAGAUGAUGAGAUCAAUAAACUAUUCCGCCCAUUGCCGGUUCCACCGAGGUUGAAUCCGAUGAUCGUAUCCGGGCAGAUCAAUACAUAUGCUCAGCACAUUUCCCAAUUCUGUUCCCAAUCUUUGGCAAAAUUGUACAUGACUCAGGCUUUACAAGGGGCAAAAGAAAAUAAGCAGUAAGAUUAGUUACGCGAAAAAUCUUCCGGAGAGACGUUUGUUUUUAAGCACUAAAACGUAAUUUGUUCUGAGCGCAAGUAUCUAGAAAGAUUAAGAAAGAUAAUUUGUGAGAAAGGAUAAGAAAUCUGUAGGUACUGAAUAAAAAGUGGAGCCGUUCAUGUCUGGUAGUAGACAACAUCCAACAAAAAUUACCAGAACGUGCUUUCGAAACAAAA